AUGGUGGCCGAUCAGGUGUUCAGUGUCGCCGAUGUUGCUUCCCACAACAGCAGAACUGACUUAUGGGUCAUAAUUCACGGAAAAGUCUACGAUCUUUCGAAAUAUGUGCGAGAUCACCCGGGCGGAGCAGAUGUUCUAUACGAUGUUGCUGGACUCGAUGCGACCGAGGCGUAUGAUGAAGUCGGCCAUUCAGAGGAUGCUGAUGAGCUCUUGGAGACCUGUUUGAUUGGCACGGUUAAGGAUGCCCACGAGAUCAAAGCCCCCAAGAAGGUUGUUCGGCUAGUCCCGCAAACUGCUCCGAAGGAAGCCACUAAAGCAGCGGGUUCAUCAACAGGCGCAGUUACCUUGGUUCUCGGCGCGUGUGCUAGUGGCGCAGCGCUCUACUUUGCUUCCCAGCGUCAUCCCGAACUAUUGCGAAAACUUCCUCUGCCAUCGCCGUCGCUACGGUCUGCACCGACUUUUACCUUGCCGCAGGGAGGGUUCUCCACCGGAUUUGCUGCUGCUACCUCCGUGUGUGCCACUAUUGGCGCUGUUCUUGCAGCCAAGCUUUCCAAGAUCACACAGAUCGAGUCUGGAUUCACCAAGUAUCCUCCUCAUCUAAAGAGCCGACCUGUGAUAAAGGCAGAUCCUGGGCUUGCCCGGGGUUUCCUGCAGCCAAAGGAAUACCAGGCGCUUCCCCUAAUCAAGAAAGAGCACCUUUCGCCGAGCGUCUUCCGCUUUGUGUACCAACUGCCGAACGAAACCGAUGUUAUUGGUAUUCCAAUUGGCCAGCAUUGCGCUAUCAAAGCUAAUAUUGACGGAAAGGAUAUCGCCCGAUCAUACACCCCAGUCUCUAAUAAUACAGACCUAGGCAGGCUGGAGCUGGUUAUCAAGUGCUACCCCGACGGCGCCCUAACUGGAAAGUACCUCGCCAACCUAAAGGUCGGCGAUAAGACUCUCUUCCGCGGUCCUAAGGGUGCAAUGAAGUACAAGAGGGGCCUCUGCAAGAAGAUUGGAAUGGUUGCUGGCGGCACUGGAAUCACCCCUAUGUACCAACUUAUUCGCGCUAUCUGCGAAGACGAAAACGACACAACGGAAAUUAGCCUAAUCCUCGGCAACCGCAGUGAAGAAGAUAUUCUCCUCCGAAAGGAACUCGAAGCCUUCGCGAGGAAGUAUCCUAAGAACUUCAAGCUCUGGUACAUGCUCGACAAGCCUCCGCAGAAGUGGGCGCAUGGCAAGGGUCACGUCACCCAAGCUGUCAUGGCUGCCAAGCUCCCGGCGCCUUCUCCCGACACCAAGAUUAUGCUCUGCGGACCUCCUGGCAUGAUCAAGGCUGCCCAGGCCGCUUUGGUAUCCAUGGGCUUCCAGGCUCCCGGAUCUAUUGCCAAGAUGACAGAUCAAAUAUUCCUCUUCUAG